AUGGCGUGCGCGCCCCUAGAGUGGUGUCAAGUCUGGUGCCACGACGGAGUCCUCGGGUGCCAGCUCACCAGUCUUGUAGUGGCCGCAUCUUACCAAACAACAGCGACGAACAACGUCCGUGGCUGCUACACCAGGCACUCCCGCCUCCCGGAGUACGCCUUCGGUGCCUCCGUCACAUCUGAUUCACUGUACGACAAUAUUAGAGUGGGUGCCAACCUUGCUGAUGGCAUCUACGACGGGUAUGGUUACAGUUGCGCUGUUACAAAUCAUGUUGUCAAUGGAUGGUUCUUGGUGAAUUUGAACCGUCCUGUGAAUGUGAGCGAGGUCUUGCUGAUUGCUGAGAACGAUACUUGGAGUCAAUAUUACUUCCGUAACUUAGAAGUGAGGGUAGGAUCCACUCAGACUACUGGAGACUUUACUUCAUACACUCUCCUAGGAACGUUCGUUGGCCCAGGAACUCCCAACCAGAAAGUGUCUUUCAGGCCUGCACAACCAAUUGUUGGUCAUUUUAUGUCGGCUAUUACGCUGCUGGGAAUACCGUCGGAGGUCUACCAGUUUGGUUUAAGCUACAGCCUUUGUAGCUUCUCCUACAUGCUGGUCAUGCCUGCAGCUGCCUACCUCUACUUGCCAGUCUUCCACGAACUCCAGGUUAUUUCUGCCUAUGAGUACCUGGAGAGGCGGUUCCACAGAGCAAUGCGUUGGCUGGGCUCCCUGCUCUUUAUCAUCCAGAUGACGCUGUACAUGGCCAUCGUGGUGUAUGCUCCAGCACUCGCCCUGGCUCAGGUCACCGGCUUCGACGUCUACAUCUCCGUCAGCCUCAUCUGCUUCGUCUGCAUCUUCUAUACCACUCUGGGCGGCAUGAAGGCUGUCCUCUGGACCGACGUUUUCCAGACUCUCAUCAUGUACGCCAGUGUGACGUUCGUUAUCAUCAAGGGCGCUCAUGACGUUGGAGGUUUCAGUACAGUGUGGGCGAGGAAUGCAGAGAGUGGCCGGACCCAAGUGAUCAAUUAUGACACAGAUCCCACCACUAGACACACCGUUUGGAGUCUAUUUAUUGGAGGCUAUUUAAACUGGAUCACCAUAUACGCCGUCAACCAGGCGCAGGUGCAGCGAUACCUUAGCGUCCAGACAAGACAAAUGGCCAUCAACGCGUUGUGGAUCAACUUGGUGGGACUUUUCGUGUUGACGAUCACCUGUUGCUUCGGUGGGAUGGUUGUGUACGCCAAGUACUAUGACUGUGACCCAGUCCGUGCUGGAGUUGUCACCAAGGCAGACCAGCUCUUCCCACUCUUUGUCAUGGACACCCUCGGGCAGUGGAAGGGUCUUCCAGGAAUGUUCGUUGCUGGCAUAUUCGCUGGCGCUCUCAGCACUAUUUCUUCCGGGUUGAACGCCUUGGCGGCUAUCGUGUUAGAGGACUUCGUCAGGAGUGGGUGUUAUCCAGGCAUCUCCGACAACGCCAGCACCUUGGUCUCCAGGGGCCUCUGCAUCGUCUUCGGUCUCAUCACAUUUGCUCUUGUCUUUGUAGCAGAGCAACUCGGCAAUAUUUUGUCUGCGACAGCUACCAUAUUCGGCAUCAUUGGAGCGCCUCUGCUGGGAGUCACAACCCUUGGCAUGUUCUUCCCUUGGGCCAACGCCACCGGAGCCUUUGUGGGUGCAAUUGUCAGCUUGAUCUUGACGUCAUGGGUCGGGGUGGGUCACCAGAUAGCCAGGUUCUCGGGCCAGAUCAAGCUGGAGGUCAUGCCCACCAGCACAGACGGGUGCCAGAACCUCACCAUCGCUGUGCCCGCCUUCCUACAUGACUCUGAGGGUGUGGAGCCAGGCGAGGUGCUGGCCAUAUACCGCCUGUCUUACCUGUGGUACUCCACGAUUGGUUUCUUCACUGUGAUCAUUGUGGGGAUGUUGGUGACGCUGGUGACCGGUAAGCAAGACGUGCGGGUCGUCGACCCUCGCUGUCUCUCCCCCGCCGUCAUAUGGUUCAAGAACUGGCUGCCAGGUCUCAGUGGUCUCGGAGAAGACUACAUAGACGAAAAGGAUGAGCUGAAGGAGAGUAAAAGCAGCAGUUCGCUUGGUAACACCAAUCCAAGUUUCACCCCUGAAAUUUUGGAGAAAACAUACAGUGAAAAUGAAAACUAUAAGCUGUAA